CAAUUUUUUUUUCUUAAAUAAGAUGUCUACUUUUGACCUCACCAAAGUCAUUCGUCCCAAUAUUUUAGCCUUAAAGCCUUACCGCUGUGCACGUGACGACUAUAGCACAGGCAUUUUAUUAGAUGCCAAUGAGAAUGCCUAUGGUCCUGCUUUGACCACUGAACACAAAGGAGACUUGAACAGAUAUCCAGACCCAUAUCAACCUCAAGUCAAGGAGCGUAUCUUAAAGUUACGUGGAUUGCCCUCUACAAAUAACAUUUUCUUGGGCGUUGGCUCUGACGAAGUCAUUGACUUGCUUAUUCGUAUUGCAUGUGUUCCUUCCAAAGACAAGAUCUUGAUUACCCCUCCCACUUAUGGCAUGUACUCUGUUUGUGCUCAAAUCAACGAUGUUCAAGUUGUUAAAUCUCCAUUGAAUGUGGAGAAUGGUGCUUACCAGCUUGACUUGGACAACUUAUUUGCUUCCAUCAAGGCAAACCCAGAGAUUAAGCUUGUCUAUUUAUGCUCUCCCGGUAAUCCUACUGGAACUUGUCUUUCUCAUGACAGUAUUCGUGCUGUUCUCGAAUCCGAUUAUAAUGGAUUAGUGGUUGUAGAUGAAGCCUAUGUCGAUUUUGUGGAUAAAGAAGAAGGCUCUGUUGCCACCUGGGUCGAUCAGUAUCCUAAUUUGGUUGUGAUGCAGACCUUGAGUAAGAGUUUUGGCUUGGCUGGUAUUCGUAUCGGUAUUGCUAUCGGACACCCUGAUCUUAUUCAAAUCUUGAACAAUACAAAGGCUCCUUACAAUAUCAGUACACCCAGUGCUUUAAUUGCCGCAGAAGCUCUCUCCGAAGAAGGCAUUCAAACUAUGCACGAUUAUCGAAAGCGCUUAAUUGCUCAACGUGCCGUUAUUAUUGAAAAGUUGGCUAAAAUUAACGGUACCGGUCGUGUCCUUGGCGGCAAUGACUCCAACUUUGUUUUAGUUGAAAUUUUGGAUGCUAAUAACAAGCCUUGUAAUGAUCGUGCUCUCAAGGUUUAUUCCAUGAUGGCAGAGACUCUCAGUGUGGUGGUACGUUUUAGAGGCAUGGAGUAUGGCUGCAACGGCUGUUUAAGAAUUACUGUGGGUACCGAAGAAGAAAAUGCUACCAUGCUUGACAUGUUGCAAAAGGCUUUAAACGAAAUUAAAUAAUAAAAAAACACACAAAAAUUUGAUCCAUAGCAAGUCUGAGUGGAUUUUAUUGUAUAUUUUCAGAUUAUUCUAAAUUCAGUCUAUUCGCAGCAUCUUGAACCAAAGCAAUCAUCUUUUCUUCGUGGCUCACCUGUUUUUUCUUCACAUCCUCGAGUUUCUCUGGGAUAGUUUCGUUUAUUUCUUGGAGUUUUUUAUUUAUUUCCGU